AUGAGAGUUGGAUUAUGGAAUGACCUGCUAUGUCUGUGUCAUAUUGUUCUGCGCAGGGUGCAUUAUACUGUGCUAACUAGGUGUUCAGUACCAAAUAAGAGAGGCUUGAAGAUGCAGUGGACGCCAGAGCAUGCCCAGUGGCCAGAACAGCACUUUGAUAUCACUUCGACUACCCGGUCUCCUGCUCACAAGGUGGAAGCAUACCGUGGACACCUGCAGCGCACCUACCAGUAUGCCUGGGCCAAUGAUGAUAUCUCUGCUCUGACUGCCUCUAAUCUAUUGAAAAAAUAUGCAGAAAAGUAUUCUGGUAUUUUAGAAGGCCCAGCCGACCGACCCAUCCUUAGUAACUAUUCUGAAGCUCCGUCAGCACUGGUGAAUGGUCGGAAGAAUGAAAAUGAACCCUGGCAGCCUUCUUUGAACUCAGAGAGUGUUUAUCCUAUGAACUGUGUCCCGGACGUUAUUACUGCCAGCAAAGCUGGAGUAAGUGCAGCCCUCCCUCCAGCAGAUGUCUCUGCCAGUAUAGGGAGCUCACCUGGGGUGGCCAGUAACCUGACAGAACCUAGUUAUUCUAGUAGUACCUGCGGAAGUCAUACAGUACCUAGUCUUCAUUCAGGGCUCCCAUCUCAGGAAUAUGCCACAGGAUACAAUGGAUCUUAUUUACAUACUAGUUACAGUGGCCAGCCAGCACCUGCACUUCCAUCACCUCAUCCAUCCCCUUUGCAUAGCUCUGGCCUCUUACAGCCGCCACCACCGCCACCACCAGCCCUAGUCCCAGGCUACAAUGGGACUUCUAACCUCUCCAGUUAUAGCUACCCAUCUGCUAGUUAUCCUCCUCAAACUGCUGUUGGGCCUGGGUACAGCCCUGGUGGUGCCCCACCUCCCUCAGCAUACCUGCCUUCAGGAAUUCCUGCUCCUACUCCUCUCCCCCCUACCACUGUACCUGGCUACACCUACCAGAGUCACGGUUUGACGCCCAUUGCACCAUCGGCUCUGACAAACAGUUCUGCAAGUUCUCUCAAAAGGAAAGCUUUCUAUAUGGCAGGGCAAGGAGAAAUGGACUCCAGUUAUGGAAAUUACAGCUAUGGCCAACAGAGAUCUACACAGAGUCCCAUGUAUAGAAUGCCCGACAACAGCAUUUCAAAUGCAAACAGGGGGAAUGGCUUUGACAGAAGUGCUGAAACAUCAUCCUUAGCAUUUAAGCCAACAAAGCAGCUAAUGUCCUCUGAGCAGCAAAGGAAAUUCAGCAGUCAGUCCAGCAGGGCUCUGACACCCCCUUCCUAUAGUACUGCAAAAAAUUCAUUGGGAUCAAGAACAAGUGAAUCUUUUGGGAAGUACACCUCCCCAGUAAUGAACGACCAUGGGGAUGAGCACAGGCAGCUCCUCCCUCACCCAAUGCAAGGCCCGGGACUUCGUGCAGCUACCUCAUCCAACCACUCUGUGGACGAGCAACUGAAGAAUACUGACACACACCUCAUUGACCUUGUAACCAAUGAGAUUAUCAACCAAGGACCUCCUGUGGACUGGAAUGACAUUGCUGGCCUAGAUUUGGUAAAGGCUGUCAUUAAAGAGGAGGUUUUAUGGCCAGUGUUGAGGUCAGAUGCAUUCAAUGGACUGACUGCUCUACCUCGGAGCAUCCUUUUAUUUGGACCUCGGGGAACAGGCAAAACAUUAAUGGGUAGAUGUAUAGCUAGUCAGCUAGGAGCCACGUUUUUCAAAAUCACUGGCUCUGGGCUUGUCACAAAGUGGUUAGGGGAAGGAGAAAAAAUUGUUCACGCUUCCUUCCUCGUGGCAAGGUGUCGCCAGCCUUCAGUGAUUUUUGUUAGUGACAUUGAUAUGCUUCUUUCAUCUCAAGUGAGUGAAGAACACAGUCCAGUAAGUCGAAUGAGAACCGAGUUCCUUAUGCAGCUGGACACUGUUCUGACUUCUGCUGAGGACCAAAUAGUAGUAAUUUGCUCCACAAGUAAACCAGAAGAAAUAGAUGAAUCUCUUCGAAGGUACUUCAUGAAACGACUUUUAAUCCCACUUCCUGACAGCACAGCGCGGCACCAGAUAAUAGUACAACUGCUCUCACAGCACAAUUACUGUCUCAAUGACAAGGAGGUUGCACUGCUUGUCCAGCGCACAGAAGGCUUUUCUGGACUGGACGUGGCUCAUUUGUGUCAGGAAGCAGUGGUAGGCCCACUCCAUGCCAUGCCAGCCACAGACCUUUCAGCCAUUAUACCCAGCCAGCUGAGGCCAGUUACAUAUCAAGACUUUGAAAAUGCUUUCUGCAAGAUACAGCCUAGCAUAUCUCAAAAAGAGCUUGAUACAUAUGUUGAAUGGAACAAAAUGUUUGGUUGCAGUCAGUGA